AUGAAAGUAGAUUUUGCAGAUUAACCAACUAAAAGACUCAAAGAGAGUGACAAAAGUAAAAAAAACUAUUUAAGUACCUACGAAUUUUUGAAAUUGAACUCAGACUUGGUUGAACAUGAUUAAGAUGGUUUUAAAAAUAACAAUUACUAUGCAUCCAUUUUGAAGGAUUGUACUUUUAAUUAGCAACAAAAUAAGAAUUAAAGCAUUCCAUAAAAUAUUCAUACGUUAUAAAGCCCUGUUUAGCCUUCUAAUAACUACACUCUUAAUUCACCAACAGAGAUGCCUUUAAAAUAAUAAUAUAGCAAUGAGAAUUUAGGUGGAGACUAUAUAUGUGAAUCAAAUAAAAAUUUUUUUAGCAAAUUACUUAAUGUGAUCGAAUUUGAGAAUAUAGAUAAACAAAUGUUGUAGCCUUAUUGGAGAAAUAAGUUUUUAUUAAUUUUUAUGCUAGUUUCUUUAAUCAUCGCAAAUAUUUUAAAAUUGUUAUUUAAUGAUGAUGAAUUUUUGGAUAACUUAUAUUUAAGAGUAUGCAUCAUUACACUUCUAUCCUUAUUUAUGUUAAUAAGUUUUAUUAUGUUUCAUAUUAAGGACUGCGGCGAUAGCCCAAUCCAAGAUUUAAAUAGAAGUAAAUAGUAAUGCUGUAAUCAAUAAGUUUUUCUGAGAAAAGCUAUGCCUCAAACUAUAAUACUUUCAAUGAGCAUAUUCCUCUUUUAUUGCUACUCUAAAUCUGUACAAUAAAACAUAAUAAAUAUAAGUAGAAAUAAUAGCUGGGAUUCUUAAAUAAAUUUCUAAUUAGAAACGUAUAUGAUUGAAAUAAUACUUCUAUAUUACUAUAUAUGUUCUUACUUCUUGAGUUUCAUAAGUUUGAAAAUGCUUCUUUUAUUAGGCAUCUAAAUUAUAAAUUUUGUGCUUAUUUUAAAAAAUACUACAAUUUCAUUCUACUAUUAUUUCUUAAUAUUUAUCAUUCAGGCAAUUUAUUACUAUGAAAGUGCUGUAAUUUCUACUGAAUUCAAUAGCUAUUCUUGUAGUCUUAAUUGCUAUAGCAAAAGAUAAUAAUUUUUAUCAAACACUUCUAUACCAACGGAAAUCAAAAUUAAUUUAAAAUCACCUCACAUAAUAAAUUCUCCUAAUCUGAUUGCUUAAAAUGAGCAAAGCAGAAAAUUGCUUGGUGGAGAAAAUUAAAAAUUUAAAAAGUUUGAAAUCAAUAAAUAGAAUCAAUAAAACUAAUUUUAAGAUGAAUUUGCUGAAAAUGAUUUUUGUGAUUCACCAUAAAAAUUUUAGCUCAAGCCAAACUAAUAAAAUGAUAAUGAAUAUUAACAAAAAAAUAAACAAGAAUACAAUAUUUUCUAUCAGUAUAACACCAAUUUAGAUUAGAAAAUAAAUUAUGAGUAAAACACAGAAAAUUAAUAAAUUUAAAAUCCCAUAAAACUUAAUGAAAUAGAAUUCAGCAAAUAAAGUUAAAGCGCACAUAUUUAAAUACCUUACUAAAGUUAAAACUUUAAUGAUCGAUAAAAGAACUAUCAAAAUAGUAAAGAAACAAAUAACAAAAAGUCAAAUUAUAUAUAAAGUAAAUAGAGUUACAAAAAAUGCUUAGGAUAGGUAGAUGAACAAAUACAAAAAGAGGGUAAAGGAUAAUAUGGAAAUGAAGAUUUAUAAAGUGAUGGCAGAAUUCAACAAGAAAUAUCCAGUAUUAACUAUUGCAAUUCACCACUUAGUAGAGGAGAUAUUUCCUCAGCGAAUGAAUUGCAAAAAAGUAGUAAUAGUAAUAACACAAGCUAAUAAGCUGCAAAUUCAAUGCUAACCUCAGAGUCAGCUAUUCAAAGCUAAAUCCAUAGAAAUUUCUCAAUUUUUAAAAGGUUGCAAGAUUAAUCUCAUAUUGAGGAAAAAGUCUCUUAAGAAGAUGAAACGAUUAAACACUUUUUUAAAAAAGUAAAUCCUAAUUAAUAAGCAUUCAAUCGAUCUAAUACAAUUUGCAUCCCUUAGUAUAGAUAUAAUUAGUUUUAAAAAUAUCAAAAAGAAAAAAAUAAAUAUAAAAAGAGACCAUUUAGAUAUUACUCUCCAUAGCUUCAAGCAGAAUCUGUAUAAAACACUUUCAAUUUAAGUAUCUCUCUGACAGUUAAUUCAGAUGACACUAAUAAGUUAGCUUCUAAUAAAAAUUAUAAUAAAAGUUGGAAAACGAUGGAUGAAGUCUUUAAUUUAAAUUAGGAAAUUCCUUAAAUAUAACAUGAAGAAAAUAAAGAUUAAAUGAAAAAUAUUUAACUAUUAAAAGAAGAUAAUUAUAAAAAUAAGGCAUAAGAUCAAGCUUAUGGACCAUAAGUGAAUUGUUCUUCCAGCAAGAUCUAAGCUAAAAAAUUGUAUAAUUCAAAAAAGGGUAAAUCGAGUGAGUAUAAAACAGAACAAAUAAGCAGAUUAACCUUACCGCAAUUAACAUUCUAACGAAAUUAAACAACAAGUUAUUCCUAUGCGAAUAAAUAAAAAACAAAGUUAUAUAAAAACAUACUCAAAUACCUGCCUGAGGAAGGAGUGAUUCUUAUAGAUAAAAACCAGAAUAUUCAUUUUGCUAAUAUAUACAUUUAAUACCUUUUCCCAAAAUCAAAUAGUCACUCUCUCUUCAAUGAGCUAGUUUAGUUGAAGAGCAUUGAAACAUUAGAAAAUUAUAAACACUAUUUAGAUGAAAUCAUAUCCCAGAAAUAGCAAAACUAGACAGAAACAAAAAUGAAAAAUUUUAAUCAAAAUUUUAAUAAAGUCCAACUAACUAACUCAAUUAAUCUGUAAACUAUUUAAGACCAAUAAAAUUAUCUACAAUAUAAUCAGCUGUAAGCAUAAAACCAAACCACAUAAGGUGUACAUCCAUUUUAAUCUUAAUAAAAAUACUAAAGCAAAUCAAGCCUCAAAAAUAUUAAUAUAGGCUAAAGUUUUUCUAAUUAAAACAUCAACUUAAAUCAAAAAAUAUUACGAGAAUUAUCUUCAAAUAAUAAUUUACAAUACUAAGUUAAUUAAAAUACUUAGACGUUUCUUUAAUAAUAAACAAGUAACAACAUAAAUCAGAGUUCAAAUCAUAACUUGCCUAUCUAUAGUUUUGGAACUCAUCCUAAUUCUAGUGCAUCUAUUUUUCCAAAUAAUAAGCUUAGCCAAAGUAAUUAUUUCCUAAAAUUAGAUUUAUUCAAAGAUAAAGAGCAGCACUAACAUAGAGAAAAAGAAAUGUACUAUAUGAAAGAAAAAGAAUAACUUUAACAGGCAGAUAAUAUCAUUCGCUGCAAGUCAUUUCGAGAGCAAUUUGAAUAAAUAAUUCAGACUUUUUAAACAUAAGCUUCUUCUUACAAGCAAUAUGGUAUAAUUAACUAAAAUAAAUUUACCUCUCUUUUUUAUCGCUCCCAAAAUCAAUAUAAAUAAGAAAGUAUUGAAGACGUAUAAAUUUUUGAGAUUUAAUUCAUUCCAUGCUACUUAGGAUUUACUGAAGGAGUUAUUGUUACUAUCCGCGAUGUGACUCAUUUUAACCAAAUAAAAGUUUUAAAGGAUAUUAAUGAAAGGAAAUAAAUUAUGUUAAGAAAUGUAAGCCAUGAAUUAAGAUAGCCUCUAAACUGUAUAAUAAGUAUGAUGCAGCUAACAAGAGACAUUUAUUAAGAUGAAACAUUAAUAUAAGAAUAUAUAAAUCCUACUUUAUAUUCAAGUUAAAUUCUUCUUAACCUUCUAAACGAUUUUCUUGAUUUUUCUUAAAUUCAGGCUGGAACUUUUAAGUUAACAAAUGUAUCAUUUAAUAUCAAGAAGCUAUUUGAAAACAUAUUUUAGAUGAUGAAAGCCUAAAUUAAAAUAAGAUAGUUAAAUUUUAUUUUGAAUAUCAUUAAUUAAAACGAAAUUCCUGAAGAAAUUAAAUCUGAUCCAAAUAGAAUACAACAAAUAAUAACUAACCUACUUGGGAAUGCUGUUAAAUUUACUGAAUAAGGAGAUAUUUUGCUAUCAUUAGAAAAACAAUCUCCUUAUCUCUACAAAGUAACAGUUUAAGACUCAGGUAUCGGUAUUACAGAAGAAGGAUAAAAAAAUUUAUUCAAAACUUUUGGAAAAGUAGAUUAAGAAUUUAAAUAAAAUCUUAACCCUCAAGGAGUUGGAUUAGGAUUAAUGAUAUCUAAUAUUCUUGCUAAGUAGCUCUCUCCUAGUGAAAAUCUAGGACUUUAAGUAGAAUCUAAACUUGGACAUGGCACAAAAUUUUUCUUUUUCAUACUAGAUUAAAGUAGUAAUGAAAAAGAAUAGUUAUCUCCUUUUAAUAAACUAAGGAAGACUAAUUCUUUUAAUUAGUAUAACAAUUUGCCAAGCUAUAGGAAACUCAGUUUGAAGAUAAUUGAAAACUCAGACACAAACAGAAACUCUACCCCAGUAAAUUGUGAAGAAAACGACUUCAAUUCUUUAGAAGCUAUUCCUGUUCCUUAUAUAAUGAAUUCUAUAAAACUUACAAAAUUUAAUUAAAAUUUUAUGUCAAAUAAUUCAAUCGAUAGUACUUAAGAAUGUAAUUUUGAUAAGUUAAAAACAUUCACUUAGGGUUUAACUUAAUAAAUUAAUGAAAAUAACAUCUAAAAAAUAGAUUAAAAAAAUUAGAAUAAUAUCAAUUAUUAAAAUGAGAGUUAAAAAUCAAAUUAAAAUUUUAUAAGUUGCAUUAAAAAAGCUUCCAUUUAAUAAGACAAUAAUAUAGAUUCUCCAAUUACGCAUCUUGAUAAAGAAAUAUCAAAAGUGAAAAUUUCUAAAGUUAAAAAAAUACAAAAUUCAUCUUCAUUCUUUACUCAAGGAAUAUUGCUUAGGUAGUAAACAUUAUUUUUACAGUAAGACUUGCUACCAUCUAAGCAAAAGCAAAAGGUAGAAGACUUCGUUAAUUCUCACAAACGAUAAUAAGCUUCUAUAUGUUAAUGUUCGAAUGUUAAAGAAGUUCUUAUAGUUGAUGACAGUGAUUUUAACAUCUAUAUCCUUGAUAAAUACCUCAAAACAUUCUCAAUUGAGGCUGAUACUAGCACAAAUGGACCUGGUUCUGAAAAAAAAGUUAGAGAUAAAAUUGAAAAUGAAAAAUGCGAAUCUUGUAAAGUAUAUAAAAUGAUAUUUAUGGAUUUAAAUUUAGGUACUGCGUGUGGAAUUUAGACAGCAAACAACAUUUAAUAAAUUUAUGAAUCACUUUAAUUACCAUAGCCAGUGAUUAUAGCAUGUACAGGAUUCAUAGAUGAAGCUACUAUUUAGAAGUGCUUAGCUAAUGGAUUUGAUGAUUACUUAGCAAAACCUAUUAUUAAAGAUUAACUAAUUGAAAUACUUUAAAACCAUUUAUUGAAUAAAUGA